AUAUUUUUUUAUAUUCCACCAAGAAUCCAUCCCCUGUUAUUUGGUUUUGUUGUUAUUUUUCAUAUAUAUGUAUGUAUUUGUUUUCUAUGUUAUGUUUUGGGAGCUUUUAUUUUGUUAUGUCACUUCGACUUCCCUUCCAUGUCACUUCCGGUGGUUUCGGGCCUCCCUCUCCUCAGUCGGCAAGAGGCGCUGAUGAGAGGAGAGGGCGUGCAUGCAGAAGCUCCAUGAGGUCGCUGUACUAAAAUUGCGUUUAUAUUCACACAGCUGAAGGUGGAGCUCUGAGAGGAGCCAAGGGCGGAGAAGCAGGACUGAAUGUGGAGCUUCAGCAGCAGCUAACAGCCCGGUUACCAAAGGAGCUUCAAUCACGCUUCGAUCAGAGAGCCUAAAGAGCUCAGGUUUGACCUGAUGACCUGUUUGAAGUGACGUCACUCUCUGGAACCGGAAAUCUGUGACAGCGGAUCAGGGAAAGCAGAGCAGGGGCGGAACACGGAGCAGAUUCUGGAUCAGCUCACUUCGGGCUUCACUCGGUUUUCUGUACUACGAAGGUGGAGCGCUUCUUACCGGCUCCAUCACCGCCUCAUGCUGAUCAACAGGUUCAGUGACUGAUAGACAGCAGUGGACCCUACAGAGAAGAUGAAGCAUCGACACAAAACAAAGAACACCUUCAAAGAAAAAGCAGAGUCACAGGAGGACGAGGAAGAGUUGCUUAAGGACAGACAAGAACCAUCUGAUCCCAAAAGUCAAGAAGACCCAAAAGAAGAAUACAUGGUAGUAGCAGAAGAAGAAGGAGACACAAAUGACACACCUGAAAGACGUAAUAUUAGAUUAAGAUUACGGCGGAUCCCGAAGUACAGGAAAUACCAGAGAUCAGAGAAAUUGGGUGUGAUGCCACCUCUACCCAUGACACCUUUAUCAAGUAUAACAGAACAUACUCCACCAUCCUCUGCUGUCGCUCCACCCUUUGUUCAUCAUAGCUUUCAGGAGACUUCCCCACAGUUCAAUUUAGAAAAACCAAGCAGUGUAACCAAGGAGCAGGGAAUCAAACCUUCAUCACUGUGUGACAGUCUCUAUGACUUAGUGGACUCUGCUUCUUCCGCCUUUCACUCGUCUGCUUCAGGUUCACAACUCAUAUCCGGGACGAGGCAAUUUGAAUCUCUUGCUGAACAUGAGCCACUAUCCGAUGUCGAUGUAAACAAAUUGGAUCAUCAAGAUCAGCCAUCAUUUAAUUGUGCUACUUGUUUUGGUUCUUAUGUUUUUCAAGAUCAACAAUCAAAGCAAACUGAUCAAAGAUCAAUAAUGUUAAAACCAACUGAAAUAUCAGAUCUACUGCCUGUUUCUCCGUAUCGUGUUCAAGUCAGGUAUCAGUCUAAUUCAGCCUCCUUCAGUUCACGUGGACCUACCUUCAGUUCUGGCAGAGGUUCAUCACCCCCACAACCUGAGGAUGUUAAUGCGUGUGAACUAUUAAGAAAGAGAAGUACGUCAUUGUUAGACCUCUUACCCACAUGGUCAAAUGAACAUGUACAUGUGGGACAACCAGAGGGGUCAUUCCUCAGAACUUUACCUCAGAGUAUGUUUUCAUAUCAACCAGGCUUUUCUCCUCCAUUAAACUCUGAAGUCUCUCAGACUAAAGAGGAACAAAGCAGCGACUCAUCAGCAGAAACUAAUGAGAGAUCAGAACAGCUGGAUUAUUAUAUGCCAGAGGUUACAGAGGUUUUACAUUUUCCAGCCUCUGAACCUAAAACAGUAUACUAUGGCAGGAGAUCCCACAGUAAUCCACUCAUUCCCAUCCCUGAUCCCUGCCCUCAGUCCAGCGUCCCACCUCUUGUUUAUUCUCCUGAAUGCAGCGAUGAAGAAAAGCUAGAAGAAGAAGCUGCUGGAGGUUUCCUUUGGGGAGCAGAAUGCAGUCCAGCUGCUGACAAUAUAGACGGAGCAGCAGCCUCACCUGUGAGAGCUGAGUAUGUGUCAGCUACCAACACCCUGCCACCCAGCUCCCAUCUCCAGGUCUCCUCCUCCUGCUGCUUGACUCGUUCUCACAGCGCGCCGUCACUGAGCAAAAUCCCAAAGAACAACUUCAGACGAGCAGCAAGUUUACCUGACAUGAAGCUGAAGGAGUUUACACCUGCCAUCAGCGCUGAUGACUGUGAUGAUGAAACCUACAGCUUCCAGUGCUCCUGCCCGGGCCUGUACCAGUGCAGUGUGAGCAGCCUGGUGUUUAACAUGAAGGGAGAAGGGGGCGUGGCCUACAGGACCGUCCCUUGGAACAGGAGGCUGCUGGCCCAGCACCACAAGAAGCCUGCAGGACCCCUGUUUGACAUCAAGUGUCUGCAGCAGUCUGUGUGUCAGCUCCAUCUCCCACACUGUGAGAUCAUCUCCACAGGUGGAGGUCGGUCCUUGCAGGUCGCUCAUGUCAGUGAUGAGGGCAUCGAGUUCAUCAGCCCUCACCAGGUAACAGAGACUCAUGUUGUUGUAAACAUCUCAGGGUUUUCUGCUUAUGGUAACGUCAAGGAUGAAGACUCUCCCCCUGACCCGGUCCAAGCUCUGGUUCUGCUCUUCUACAAACCCCCUGAAGAUCCUGAUCUCAGAUCUGUCCUCAGUGUACUGUUGUUACCCAGGAACAUUGUGUUUCACAAAAUUCAGCGUGACCGGAGGAAGUUAGACAAAAAUGAGAGGUACUUAGAGACGUCCCCUCACUGUAAACUGCAUCCAAAGCAGGUUUACGCUCUGUCCACGUCUCCUGAAGACGACCUGAUCAAAGUUCAGCCAAAAGAAGCAGAGUUUGAUGACGAGUACCAUGAAAGCUACUUCCCAUCCUUCCAGGUGGUCUUAAAAAGAAUCCUUACAGAUGUUAACCUCACUCUGAGAGACAGCAGCAGCUCCAGCUGUGUUUGGGAAAGAGAGGUUUGUCUUUUACCCUCCGGAGUGAAAACUUUGGAAACUGGUCCUAAAAAGAGACCGUCAGAUCUGCGGAGCUGCUUCAUCAGAAGAAUAUCAGGACCUGUUCUCAGCAGCCUGCUGGACCAACUGCUGGAGAAAAGGGUGAUAACUGAUGCUGAGAGGGAGGCAGCAGACACAAAGCAAAGCAGGAGUGACAGAGCUCGCUUUGUUUUUGACACUGUGAGCAAUAAAGGUGAAGCUGCCAGUUCAGAGAUGAUGGAGUUCCUCUGUGAGGAGGACCCCUUCCUCUGUGAACACCUCGGGCUGAAGCAAAAUGGAGAGAAGGCUUCCUAACAGCCGCUGUCCUCACUCACUGCAGACAGCAUCCUCAGAUUUGUACUCAGCUGUUCAUCUCUCUGAAGAUGUUCCUGUAAUCUGAAGGAUGCUUUAGGUCUGGAUGAUCUGAUACUCAGUAACCAUGGAGAUACAUUUAAAUGCUAAAUUUAAACAUUUUCCUUUAAAGUGUUUAUCAGAUAUUGUGAUUUUAGAUUGCUCUACUUUUUAAUACACUUUUAUAACUUUAUAAGUUGAUUUUUUUUUUUAAUGACUGUACUGCACAUUUCUGAUGUUAUUAUCUGUAUUUUAGUUUUUACUGAAAUGCUGUAAUAUGAUGGUUCUGUAUCGUUCUCUUUUUAUGGCAUACGCUGUUAAACCUGUAAGUAACUGAAUUAUUCUGGGCACCAGAAAAAUACCAUUAAAGGAGUUUGAACCUG